AUGACUACAGUGGCAGCCAACUUUCCAAUGGCUGUGACAGCCAAGUGCCAAAAAACGGAAUUGGCAAACAACUACAUUAAGCAAUUCCAGUCUGCCGAAGUCGAUGCUAUACUGAAGCAAGCUGGAGAGACCAAAUUAAUUGUGCCUGGUGGCUGGACUCCAGUGAACCCUGCAGACCCUCACAUUCAAGAGCUCGGAAGAUUUGCAGUGGAUGAGCACAACAAGCAGACCGGAGACAAGCUGGUGUUUGUGGCAGUGGUUGCCGGCUUAAAGAAACCCGUUGAAUUAGCCACUCUCUACUGGCUCAUAAUUGAAGCUAAGGAUAGCGACGGCAAUCAAAAUAUCUACAAAGCACUGGUUCAAGAAACUGAUUUGGAGAUGAAGAAACUCUUAUACUUCGGGGAAGUGGUGCCGCCCGUGAACUGAGAACA